AUGGAACUAUUCACGGAUAACGGGCCACAGUUCUCGAGUUAUGUAUUCAGGAAGUUCGCGAGUGAUUGGGAUUUCGUUCAUACAACUUCAAGUCCCAGAUAUCCACAGUCAAACGGGCAGGCGGAAAGGUAUGUUCAAAUGGUUAAGAACCUACUUAGGAAAGCUGACGAAUCAGGAGGUAACAUUUAUACGAGCCUUAUGAAUUAUCGUGCAUCACCAAUUGAUGGAAUAGGACUGUCGCCAUCUCAGCUACUCAUGAAUAGACAACUGCGUACCAAGUUACCGAUUACAGCUAACAUGUUGAAUUCGAAAGUAGUCGAAUCCUGCAAAACACAACUUGCUGCGCGCCAAGAGAAACAGAAACACUACUAUGACCGACAAUCGUCAACGUUGCCCAUCAUGAACAGAGGUGAAAUAAUUCGUGUACAGAAAGACUCAAAAGAAUGGGAACCUGCUGUCUUAGAUCAGAAACUUUCCGACCGAUCGUAUUUAGUGCGCACAGGUGAUAACAAGCUGUAUCGCAGAAACCGCAGGCAUCUACUUAAAACGAGUGAAACUAUGUUGCCAUCUGAUGCUUCAGAUGGUACCGAACCGAUGACUGACGAGUCACCACAACCGCAUCAGGAUCAAUCCUACGCGUCGACCACUUCAUCAGUGAAGCCUAAACCACAUGAAAUUUCGAACACCCUGCGUCAGGAACCAAGACCACAGCGAACAGUGAGGCAACCAAAACAUCUUGAGGACUUUAUUUGCAAAUAA